AUGACAGACAACGUGGACGGAGUGUUAGACGAGGAGCAAUGGCAACUCGAGGCACAGGCGGUGAUCAACGACGUGAAGACGCACGUACGAAAUAUAAAAGUGUCCGAACGGCUGAUCAACACCAACAAAGUCAUCUAUCUCAACUUGACCACUUUGGAGGGUUUACGGUUGUGCAUCGAACUGUCGGCUUCUGGUUUCACUAUCGUUGGCAAUCGCCACGACGACACAUCAAAUAUGGGUAAUGAACAUUUCGAGACGCCGUACAGUUUGCUGGAGUAUGUCAGUCCGCGUUACAGGGAAUCUUUCGGCUUGUCAUUGUUAAACAAACUGAAGGAGUGGAAGGAGCAGCAAGAUCAAGAAUAA